CCUCCCCACCUCUCCCUACAGCUGCAGCCACACUUCUCCCUCUCCGUCCCUUCCUUCUCCUGCUGCCGCUCGUCGCCCUCGCACGUGUCGGAUUCCGGCGUCUUGCACGUGCGAACCCCUCUCCGCCACCAUGGUCGCCGGCAUGGAGGUCGCCGUUAAUGGUAACGCCACCACCAUUUCGCACGUCAGUAAGGGUCACCCCUGCGCCAACGGCGGAGCUCAUUCCACCGACAGUAGCUUCGACGCCUUGAACUGGGCCGAGGCUGCCCGGGCCCUGCAUGGACCCCACUUCGAGGACGUGAAGCGCAUGGUCGAGCGGUUCGAGGGCUGCGCCUCUGUCACCAUGAAGGGCGAGCUGCUGGAGGUCGCGGACGUGGUCGCCGUCGCCCGCCGGCAGGCCGACGUGUUCGUCCGCCUGGACGAUGCCGCCGCCAGGUCGAGGGUGGAGGAGAGCGCCGCCUGGGUCGCGACUCACAUGUGCCGCGGGACGGACACCUACGGAGUGACCACCGGGUUCGGGGCGACGUCGCACCGGCGGACGGAUCAGGGGUUAGAGCUCCAGAAGGAGCUGAUCCGCUUCCUGAACGCCGGGGUGAUCUCCGGGUCCGGGAACGAGCUGCCGGUGGACGUGACCCGGGCGGCGAUGCUCGUCCGGACCAACACGCUCCUCCGGGGCUACUCCGGCAUCCGCUGGGAGAUCCUGGACACCGUCAGGCAACUGCUGAAUGCCCGGCUGACUCCGAAACUGCCGCUUCGGGGGACGAUCACGGCUUCCGGCGACCUCGUGCCGCUGUCCUACCUGGCCGGCGUGGUGACGGGGCGGCCCAACUCGAGGGUUCGGACGGCGACGGGGGAGGAGAUAUCCGGGACCGAGGCGCUGAGGCGGGUCGGGGUGGAGAGGCCGUUCGAGCUGCAGCCCAAGGAAGGACUGGCCAUCGUCAACGGGACGUCGGUCGGGGCGGCGAUGGCGUGCCUGGUCUGCUACGACGCGAACGUGGUUGCGGUGCUGGCGGAGCUGCUGUCGGCCAUGUUCUGCGAGGUGAUGCAGGGGAAGCCGGAGUUCACCGACCCGCUGACGCACCGCCUGAAGCACCACCCUGGUCAGAUAGAGGCGGCGGCGCUCAUGGAGUACGUUCUGGCGGGGAGCGCCUACAUGAAACAUGCGGCGAAGCUGCACGAGACCAACCCACUUCAGAAGCCGAAGCAGGACAGAUACGCUCUUCGAACCUCUCCUCAGUGGCUCGGACCUCAGAUUGAGGUGAUCCGCGUUGCCACCCAGAUGAUCCAGCGGGAGAUAAACUCCGUCAACGACAAUCCCAUCAUCGAUGUGGCCCGGGACAAGGCGCUUCACGGCGGUAACUUCCAAGGCACGCCGGUGGGCGUCGCCAUGGACAACGUUCGUCUAGCUCUCGCUGCCAUCGGCAAGCUAAUGUUCGCUCAGUUCUCCGAGCUGGUCAACGACUAUUACAAUGGCGGCCUGCCUUCAAACCUGACGGGCGGCCCAGUGCCGAGCCUCGACUACGGGUACAAGGGAGCGGAGAUAGCCAUGGCAUCCUACACCUCGGAGCUCCAGUUCCUAGCCAACCCCGUCACUUCCCACGUCCAGAGCGCCGAGCAGCACAACCAGGACGUCAACUCCCUCGGCUUGAUCUCCGCCCGCAAGUCCGCCGAGUCGAUCGAGAUCCUCAAGCUCAUGAUGGCAACCUACGUGUCCGCCAUCUGCCAGGCGAUCGACCUCCGCCACCUGGAGGAGGUCAGCAAAUCGACGGUCAGGAACGUCGUGGCUCAGGUGGCCAAGAAGACGCUCAGCACCGGACCCAACGGCGAGCCGCUCCCCGGCCGGUUCGCGGAGAAGGACCUUCUCGGUGUGGUGGAGAACGAGAGCGUCUUCGCCUACAUCGACGACCCCUGCCGGCCGGAGUACCCGCUGAUGCCCAGGCUCCGGCAGGUGCUCGUGGAGCACGCGCUGAAGAACGGCGAGUCGGAGGCGGAGCAGCCGCUCAAGUCCGGCGUGUUCAGCCGGAUCAAGCGCUUCGAGUCGGAGCUCAAGACCCAGCUCGACGCCCAGGUCAAGCUCGCGCGCGCCAACUUCGACAAGGGGGCCUCCAACGUGCCGAACCGUAUAUCAGGCUGCCGCUCGUACCCGAUUUAUCGAUUCGUCCGAUCCGAGAUAGGGACCGAGCUUCUCACCAACCCGAAGAACGUGACGCCAGGAGAGCAGAUCGAGGCCAUACACGUGGCCAUAUGCGACGGGAGGUUCGUGGGGCCCAUAAUGGAGUGCUUGAAAGGGUGGAGCUGUACACCUGGCGGCUGCUAAUUGGCUUCAUCCCGGAAAAUAAAAUUGGAAAUGCUUUUCCCUUUUGUGCUUGUUGUGUAUGGCAUUCGGCUUUGUGAAUGUAGAAAAUAAAUGGGUUUGAAUAUAUUUCAUGAAGCUUCUUUAAA